CCCCCGCGGGCGCCUGCUGAAGCUCCCUGGUUCUUCACCAGCCCCCGUCCCAGAGCCGUCCUCAGCGUCCUCAUGCCAGCCGCCAGCCCUCCCCGGCCUGGCCCCUCUCCUCCUCCACCAGCCCCUUUCUCAUUCUUGAGCCCCACCCCCACCCGGCUCCAUCCUCAGCCUGACCCUUUUCUUCUCCUUCUCGUCAUUCGCACCGCAUCCCAGUCCCUCUCUACCAACCCUCCCCUACCCCCAUCAGACUGAACCUUUAGCUCAGCCUCUCCAGUACUCCACCCCAACCCCAAGGCGGCAUUGUAGCUGCGGCUCCAUCCUUGGGUCCUCUCCACCUUCUUGUCGUCCUCCCUCCCCCACCGUCUCCCUCUCCCACCAUGCUGCUCCUGCUCAUUCAUCCAUUCAUUCCCUCGUCGUCGCUCACUUAACAGACAUUCCCUGAGACCUCUGUGCAGACCCCAUGCUCCAGGCACAGAGAGAGUCAGAUCCCAUCCUGCCUUAGGGUGCCUCAUGGGCUGGAGCGGGGGAGAACUGAGGAUGAGACCCAAGGGUGAAGUCGGGGUUGCAGGGAUAUGAAGGCGGGAGAAGCUGGAGCCCAGUCUGGGGAAUCCCCAUCUGGCAGCUGGUUAAUUUAUUCGUCACAUUUUACCGGGCCCCUGCUGUGCGACUGGGCUGGCACAGGGCAUUGGGACCCAGAGAGGAAUCAGGCACAACCCUAUCUGUGAGGAGCACCAAUUCUGUGCUCAGCUCUGUGCUAGGCAAUGCUGGGGGACUGGGACUCAGCCCCAGGCCCUGAUCCUGGAGACGUCUCAGUUCAGUGGGGGAGAUGGACUUGUCACCAGACAGUGACAUCUCAGAGUGCUCACGGCUGUGAUAGGGGAAGCUCAGGCUGGGAUGGGGGAACCUCAAGGGAUGGAGGAGUCCAGAAGAGGUGCCUGAUACAGCCUGAAGGGUCAGUAAGAACUUCCUGAGAAGAACGUGAGAGUUGAGACCUGAGGGAUGAGGAGGAGCGAGCGAACGUAAGGAGAGGAUGGGGAAGAGUGUUUCAUGCAGAGGGAAUAGCCUUUGCAGAGACCUAGAAGGAAGUGAGAAGAUGGUGCUUUUGUUGGACUCUUAGAAGUUCAAGAGCUGUGAGUGGAGGCAAAGGGGAGAGAUGGGGCUGGAGAGGUAAACAGAGACCAGAGCAUUCAGAAUUUAUCUUGAAGACAAGAGGGAGCCAUUGCAGGUCCACGAUCUAUGGAGAGACAGGCAGAUUUGUGUUGUGUAAAAAUUAUACUGGCUCUUGCUGUGAAGAAGCUGGCAGGAGGGAAGAGGUUGGAAGCAGGAAACUGAUAAGAUGGGAGCUGCGGUGUCCAGACAUCGAUGGAAGGUGUGGAGAGGCACAGAUGGGAGAUGACUGGACUCUGCAGGGACUAUGGGAGGGUUUAAACAGGGAGAGAUGGUACCAGCAUGCUCUCUCCCUGCCUCACCCUCAGCCACCGCUCCUCCAGCCCCCCACCGCAGACCACACACGAGGAAGCAGGCCUAUCCUCGGCCGGCUGUCACCUCCCCCUGACCUACUCUUCUACUCCAUGCUCAGGGCAGUGUGUGGAGCAAUUCGGGCCUCCAGGCUCAGGCUGGCAGAUAACAAUGCUCCCGUUGUGUCUCUGCUCCCAUCUCUGGGGCCUCUGAUUCUCCUUUCUGCUCUACAGGCUCGCAGCACUGACAGCCUGGAUGGCCCAGGGGAGGGCUCUGUGCAGCCCCUGCCCCCCACUGGCGGGCCCAGUGUGAAAGGGAAGCCUGGGAAGAGGCUCUCGGCUCCUCGAGGUCCCUUCCCCCGGCUGGCUGACUGUGCCCAUUUCCACUACGAGAAUGUUGACUUUGGCCACAUUCAGCUCCUGCUGUCUCCAGAGCGUGAAGGCCCCAACUUCUCUGGGGAGAACGAGCUGGUGUUUGGGGUGCAGGUGACCUGUCAGGGCCGUUCCUGGCCGGUUCUCCGCAGUUAUGACGACUUCCGUUCCCUGGACGCCCACCUCCACCGGUGCAUAUUUGACCGGAGGUUUUCCUGCCUCCCAGAGCUUCCACCGCCCCCAGAGGGCGCCAGGGCGGCCCAGAUGCUGGUGCCGCUGCUGCUGCAGUACCUGGAGACCCUGUCAGGACUGGUGGACAGCAACCUCAACUGCGGGCCCGUGCUCACCUGGAUGGAGCUGGACAACCAUGGCCGGCGACUGCUCCUCAGUGAGGAGGCCUCACUCAAUAUCCCUGCAGUGGCCGCAGCCCACGUGGUCAAACGGUACACAGCCCAGGCCCCCGAUGAGCUAUCCUUCGAGGUGGGAGACAUUGUCUCAGUGAUCGACAUGCCACCCACGGAGGAUCGGAGCUGGUGGCGGGGCAAGCGAGGCUUCCAGGUCGGUUUCUUCCCCAGCGAGUGUGUGGAGCUGUUCACAGACCGGCCGGGUCCAGGACUGAAGGGUGAUGCCGACGGUCCCCCGUGUGGUGUCCCGGCUGCCCAGGGUGUCUCCUCUCUGACCUCAGCUGUGCCCCGGCCGCGUGGGAAGCUGGCUGGCCUCCUCCGCACCUUCAUGCGCUCCCGCCCCUCUCGGCAGCGGCUGCGGCAGCGGGGUAUCCUGCGGCAGAGGGUGUUCGGCUGCGACCUUGGAGAGCACCUCAGCAACUCGGGCCAAGACGUGCCCCAGGUGCUUCGCUGCUGCUCGGAGUUCAUUGAGGCCCACGGGGUGGUGGAUGGAAUCUACCGGCUCUCAGGCGUGUCGUCCAACAUCCAGAGGCUACGGCACGAGUUUGACAGUGAGAGGAUCCCGGAACUGUCUGGGCCCGCCUUCCUGCAGGACAUCCACAGCGUGUCCUCGCUCUGCAAGCUCUACUUCCGCGAGCUGCCCAACCCCUUGCUCACAUACCAGCUCUAUGGGAAGUUCAGCGAAGCCAUGUCAGUGCCGAGGGAGGAGGAGCGCCUGGUGCGUGUCCACGACGUCAUCCAGCAGCUGCCCCCGCCGCACUACAGGACCCUGGAGUACUUGCUGAGGCACUUGGCCCGCAUGGCGAGACACAGUGCCAACACCAGCAUGCACGCCCGCAACCUGGCCAUCGUCUGGGCACCCAACCUGCUACGGUCCAUGGAGCUGGAGUCAGUGGGGCUGGGUGGGGCAGCAGCCUUCCGGGAGGUGCGGGUGCAGUCAGUGGUGGUGGAAUUCCUGCUCACCCAUGUGGACGUCCUGUUCAGUGACACCUUCACCUCUGCUGGCCUCGAUCCUGCAGGCCGCUGCCUCCUCCCCAGGCCGAAGUCCCUUGCGGGCAGCGGCCCCUCCACUCGCCUGCUGACACUGGAGGAAGCCCAAGCUCGCACCCAAGGCCGGCUGGGGACCACCACUGAGGCCACAGCUCCCAAGGCCCCAGCUUCCCCUGUGGAAAGGAGGAAAGGGGAGAGAGGCGAGAAACAGCGGAAGCCAGGGGGUAGCAGCUGGAAGACCUUCUUUGCACUGGGCCGGGGCCCCAGCAUCCCCCGAAAGAAGCCUCUGCCCUGGCUGGGGGGCACCCGCGCCCCACCGCAGCCUUCAGGCAGCCGACCUGACACAGUCACACUGAGAUCUGCCAAGAGCGAAGAGUCGCUGUCAUCGCAGGCCAGCGGGGCUGGCCUCCAGAGGCUGCACAGACUACGGCGACCACACUCCAGCAGUGAUGCUUUCCCUGUGGGCCCGGCACCCGCUGGCUCCUGCGAGAGCCUAUCCUCGUCCUCCUCCUCCUCCUCCUCCUCAUCCUCUAAGUCAUCCUCCUCGGGGUCCUCCGCAGCUGGGCUGGGGGCACUCUCCGGUUCCCCCUCGCACCGAACCUCAGCCUGGCUGGAUGACGGUGAUGAGCUGGACUUCAGCCCGCCCCGCUGCCUGGAGGGGCUCCGGGGACUCGACUUUGAUCCUCUUACCUUUCGCUGCAGCAGCCCCACCCCAGGGGACCCUGCACCUCCUGCCAGCCCAGCUCCCCCGGCCCCCGCCUCUGCCUUCCCACCCAGGGCGCCCCCACAGGCCCUGUCGCCCCGUGGGCCCACCAAGCCUGCCUCGCCCACUGCCCUGGACAUCUCAGAGCCCCUGGCUGUAUCAGUGCCACCUGCCGUCCUGGAGCUGCUGGGGGCUGGGGGGACACCUGCCUCAGUCACCCCAGUGCCAGCCCUCAGCCCCAGCCCAGGACUACGCCCCCAUCUCAUCCCCCUGCUGCUGCGUGGAGCCGAGGCCCAGCUGAGUGACACCUGCCAACAAGAGAUCUGCAGCAAGCUGGCACUGCCUGCUCCCCGGGGAGCCCAAGGCCAGCACGGUCCUGGUAUGGAUUCGCCGCUGCUGCCCCCACCCCUGUCCCUCCUGCGCCCUGGGGGGGCUCCGCCCCCACCCCGCAAGAACCCAGCACGCCUCAUGGCCCUGGCCCUGGCUGAGCGGGCUCAGCAGGUGGCCCAGAGACAGAGCCAACAGGAGCAUGGGAACACCCCAGCUGCUCCCCACUCCCCUUUCCACCGCUCACUGUCCCUGGAGGUGGGCGGUGAGCCCCCAGGGACCUCAGGGAUGGGGCCACCACCCCCUUCCCUAGCCCACCCGGGUGCCUGGGCUCCGGGACCCCCACCCUCCGUACCAAGGCAACAAAGUGACGGGAGCUUGGUGAGGAGCCAGCGGCCCACAGGGACCUCAAGGAGGGGACUCAGAGGCCCUGCCCAGGUUCCUACCCCCGGCUUCUUCUCCUCAGCGCCCCGGGAGUGCCCGCCGCCCUUCCUCGGGGUCCCCAAACCAGGCCUGUACCCCCUGGGAUCCCCAUCCUUCCAAGCCUGCUCCCCAGCCCCGGUCUGGAGGAGCCCCCUGGGUGCCCCUACACCACUUGACAGGGGAGAAAACCUGUACUAUGAGAUCGAGGCAGGGGAGGGUGCCUCCUACUCCGGCCCCACCCGGUCCUGGAGUCCCUUUUGCUCCAUGCCCCCAGAUCGGCUCAAUGCCUCAUAUGGCAUGCUUGGCCAAUCGCCACCGCCCCACAGGUCCCCCGACUUCCUGCUCAGCUACCCACCACCGCCCUCCUGCUUUCCCCAUGAGCACCUUGGCUACUCAGCGCCCCAGCACCCUGCCCGACGCCCCACCCGGCCUGAGCCCCUCUAUGUCAACCUAGCCCUGGGGCCCAGGGGUCCCUCACCCGCCUCUUCCAGCUCCUCCUCCCCUCCUGCCCACCCACGAAGCCGUUCAGAUCCCGGCCCCCCAGCCCCCCGCCUUCCCCAGAAACAGAGGGCCCCCUGGGGUCCCCACACCCCUCACAGGGUACCCGGGCCCUGGGGCCCCCCCGAGCCUCUCUUGCUCUACAGGGCAGCUCCACCAGCCUACGGGAGGGGCGGCGAGCACCACCGAGGGUCCUUGUACAGGAAUGGGGGCCAAGGAAGAGAGGGGGCUGGUCCCCCACCCCCCUACCCCACUCCCAGCUGGUCCCUCCAUUCUGAGGGCCAGACCCGAAGCUACUGCUGAGCCAGAGCUGGGAGAGCCCUUCCUCCCUCCCCUUCCCCUCACUGAUCUCGGCCCAACCCAAUCCCUUGUUUCGUAUUUUCUUGAGCUCCUGACCCCUACCCCAGGUUUCUAACUUUGUAACUUGCUUCUGACGUGGGUCCCUAACCUAUUAUAACUUCCCUACCCUGGGCUGAAGGGGCUGUACCCAUUCCCCCGCCAUCCUCCAUCCUGGGGGCUCUCGCACAAAUCUGAGGGCUAGGCUGACACCCCAUCCUCCCUCUCCAGGAGCCCCCAGCGUGUCCUGACCCGUGCACAGGGGGUGAGGGGACAGCUCCUGCCCAUCCCGCCCCCCACAUACCGCACUAAACCAUCUGCCCAAAUCAAUGAAUAAAA